UAGUUGGGAUAGUGGAUGGGUUAGCCUUUCAGCAAGAAACUCCCAACUUCCUGAAAUCAGACAAAUACGGCUCUUCCUAUUCCUGUUUCAUAUGUACUCGAUGCCACCUCGGACGAUCAAAAUCAAUUCUCAAGAUUCAUUAUCAACAGGUCCAACCCUAUACCCACAAUUUUAAUUCACUCUUUCGAUCUAUUCUCUGCUCUAAACCCCAAAAAGACAAUAAUUUUUAGUUCAUAUUUGGUGUUUGAGAGAGUUGGUUCGAAUCAAGAAUCUUGGUUAUGGUGUUGAAUCUUGAAUAGUUACAUUAAAAAAAUACACUUUUUUCAUUUAUAGAAUAAAAAGUUUCUGAAUAAACAACCCAUCAAUGGCGGGAAUAGCAAUAGUAUUGGAUCUACUGAGGAAAAAUCCAAGCUUUACUGGUCAAACCCUUAAUUCUUAUGGCGCUUUCUCAGCCAAAGUUGCUGCCUCAGCUGCUGCUGCUUCUUCUGUUGCUGCCACUUACCCUUUUGCUGCUAGGGCUUUUUUUGGUAAUGGUGCAGCAGGAGUUGCAUUUUGCGAUGCUGGCACAGGAUUUUCUGAAGAUUAUAUUUCUAGCAUACCAAGUGAAUCGAUAAUUAACUUUCAGUAUGACUCGUUAAAGCACAGUACCAAACAAUACAACAUUGAGUUAAAACCUUUAUUCUCAGCAUUUAUGUGGAGGAAUCUUGCACUGACUUCCUUGAGAUCUUUCCUACUAUUUUAUUUACCUCUUCUGGAGCCCCGUGCUAACAUGGAGGAUGAGGAUGAUGAGGAUUUCCUACAGGAUACUGAGGAAGAUCGCCGAGUCGAUUUGGUGACUCCUUUCAAGAAAUCAGUGAAACAGAUUGGUCGUGAGACUGCUGUUGUAACUACGAGACGUGUCCUGGAAAGAUUAGCUGUCCACUAUGUUUCUCAGCGCAUGGCAUGGAAGCUUCUAAAAGACGUUCCCAAGUCAGCUGCACGCAAGGCUCAAAGGGGAAUGCCAAGUGUGACCUAUUUUUGCAGUGUCACAAGAACAACUUCCAGAGGUCAUUUUCUGGGAGUUUUGGCAUCAUGGUUUGUGCAAGUUGGCAUUGAUAUCUGGCGAUUUUUCAAAUCUAAACAAGAUGAUGACAUGCUUGACAGAUCAGAAAAAGCUCAGCUUCUAGGAAGGAAGAUUUACAUUGCUACUGUCAGAUGUGGUGCAUCUCUUGUUUUUGCUUCUAUAGGGGCAGGGAUAGGAGCAAUGAUGUUCCGCCCGACAACUGGCCAGUGGAUUGGAUGCGCAAUUGGGGAUGUGGCUGGCCCGGUCAUAGUAGCUUUUUGCUUUGACAAAGUUCUUCACAUAGAACUGUGAUGACUCUCUUCCUGGUUAUAUAUCAAGGUCAUAAUUGAUAUAGGGUAAUGUGGUGGUUGAAGUUUUUUUUUUUUCACUCCUAAUUAAGAAGUGCAAUUUUGUGCUUUCCUUUUACUUGGUUCCUUUAGCUUUGGAAUAAUAUUUGUCAUAGAUACAAUAAGCAAUCUAUGACAUUAUGAGUUCUUUUAUUUUGGAUCUAGUUCAUGUUUAUCUGGUUCAUAACAUCCUUCUUAUGGAUAGUUGUAGUUGGUGUAGAAAUGGCGUGGGAUAGCCACUGUUUAAGCUGGUAUUUACUUUUUAUCCAGCAUUUUUAAUGCUUA